AUGAAACUGACCUACUUGGAAGCUUUCCACACUCAUGGUGAAGAAUGUGACCAGUCAAAAUAUGCCGCCAAUGGGAUGGACGAUGCACGGUUGAAAGCCUUAAUCAAAUCCCCUCCAUGUGAUUGUGGUUGCGUUGUGCCUUUGUCUACACUUCGCCGGAUUUGCAGAACUUUUUGGUCGAUGGAGAAGGCCAACCAAGAGGCUGUCCUAUGGAGCCUAUUGUCAGCUGAGACUGAUGACAAAAAUGCUGAUUUUGAUUCGGAUGACGAGCUGCUCAGACUUCUGAUCGAUCGGCAUUUGAUGGGUGCAACGCGGGAGAUCCUCCUUGAGGAAAGGGAUCUCUCCAAGUUGCCGGUGAGGGAGCUGCCUCCAAACACUUACAGUCAUGAGAUCUCUCCAGAAGGUUUACACGUUGACACGUCGGCGCAACGUGCCCUUCCCAAAGGAGUCAGGAAGUGGACGUCUUUGGUUCCCAACGAUGUUACGCUGAAGAACUGCUACAAGGUCCGCAAGCACGAUGAGCAUGACGCAUCGAAAGUUCAAACCCCGGUACCACACUGCUUCACUUUCAUGAAGAGGUCACGGAUGCCCGUUCAGUUUGAAAAAGUGGAGCGGCUACCAACACAUCUCCGUUCCCAUGAUGACCAGGUGGCAAUGGAUGAUGUGUUCUGCUUGGUGAAGUCAGAGCUUUCGAGCAGCACUUUGUCACAAGUACCUAUCUUGGUUUUGCCAGGCUCCCUACUUGGCAAAUCGAAGCGCUUUUUGGAGCUGGCCAAAUCCUCCGACUUGUUGGCCAAACCAGGAUUUGAACCGGAGAGGAAGGAUGAGAUCAAACGCUUGGCUGUGGCACUGAAGAGGGAUUUUCCUUCGCUGACGCGCGGGAUCAAUUGGUACGAUACCCUUUUGGCCCGCUCCGAGGAUACAGAUGUUGGUCAAGCAACACAUUUGUCCUUCCUCAACAAUAUCAACAAUGUGGAAGAGCUGAACCAUCAUGAUUUCCAAUGGGCGGCACGACCGGUGCCACCAAAGCCGCACUGUUUGCAAGUGGUCUUCCAUCGCAAUCGCGAUUGA